UCUUUCAAAGGGGGAUUAUUCGUAACAACAACAACAAAUACAACAACAACAAUUUGUCGUUCAGCUAAAAACAACCACCCCGGCACGAGCAAGGCAGUCCUUUUUCCCACUCAUUUAAUAAUCAUUAAACGUGUUUUGUCUUUGAUUGGUCCACCAUGAGUGGAGGUCUGGCACCCAGUAAAAGCACCCUUUAUGUCUCCAACUUUCCGUUUUCACUCACCAAUAAUGACUUGCACAAGAUAUUUGAAAAGUAUGGAAAAGUUGUCAAAGUGACAAUUGUAAAGGACAAGGACACAAGGAAGAGUAAAGGAGUAGCGUUUGUGCUGUUCCUACAGAGGGAUUCUGCCCACCAGGCUAUGAGAGCUCUCAACAAGACACAGUUGUUUGGUCGCACCAUAAAGUGUAUAAUUGCAAAGGACAAUGGCAGAGCUACAGAAUUUAUCAGGAAGAAAGACUAUCCAGAUAAAUCACGCUGUUAUGAGUGCGGGGAGGAAGGUCACAUGAGCUACAAGUGUCCUAAGAAUUUACUAGGAGAAAGGGAGCCACCUCCAAAAAAGACGAAAAAGGACAAGAAAAGAGAGAGGGAAGAGAGGGAGAAAAACUUUCAAGAUCUAUCAGAUGAGGAUUCAGAUCAAGACCCAGGUGAAGAUUCCAAACAAGACAGCCUGGCUGCUGCCAUACAGUAUCAGCAACAGAAGUUGUCCGAAGACAUUACAAAGUUUGGUGGGGAAACUAGCUCUCUUGUAACAAUGGACGAUUUUAGUGAGCCAAGGAGAAAAAAGUACAAGAAAGACACUUAUUUUAGUGAUGAAGAGGAAAUUGAUGACAGUGACAAUGAAGACAAAAUUUGAGAGAAAACUUGAGUGCAUAAGUAAGCUCCAUACUCCAUUAACAUUACCAUGUUUUUAGCAUGUGUUUGUUGAAGUUGAUGGAAAGUUUGUGAUAUCAGUUACGUGUUGGGUUUGUUAAUUUGGCAUGCUAUGUUACAACCUUCAAAUGAAUUGAAGAAACAAUUUCAUAAUUUUAUCAAAGGUGAUAUUAUCAAAUAGUGGUAUCUUUGUUCUAAGUGAAGUCUUUUAUAUUUAUAUAGCAAAGUAUUCUUUUUUUUACUAUUGUGAAAAGCAAUACAUAAGUUGCAGGACUAACAGGGACUGAAUAUAAAAAAGAAGGGAUAGUAAAAGUGUGGUAUGCAUAGGAUAUAAUUGUAUAAUUGGAAAAGUUUAGGAUGAAAUUGUAUAAUUGGACAAGUAUUUUAACUGCCUUUAAACCCCUUUUUGAUAAUAAAAUAUUGUCAGAGAGAAGCAUGUGGUUUGGAACCUUUGUAAAAAGAAUAUAUGAAUCAUAUUGGAAAAAAGGAAGAUAGUAAGACAUGCAGUGUUUUAUUGCCUCACUCCAUUUAUAUAUGUGUGUAGUAAUAUAAUCCAAUAUAUUAUCACAUUAUAAAAUGUCAGAAUUGGUUGAGCUGCUGGUGAAAAUAUGUUGUAACAUGCUCCUAGAAAAAUAAAACAAUGCAAUAUUAUGAAGAA